GAUUUUAUCUCGUAACUCCAAGUUACGGGAUUAUAUGAGAUACGAGCUGCGCAUGCGCACAUCAGUGAGCCUUGUGCAUGUUCGACUGACCACGGGCAGUCAUUUUUCGUCAGUUAUUUUUGGAAGAAUUUUGCGCUUUUCGCACUCUACAGGAGGAAAGCGUUAGAGUGCUUAUUUGUAUACUAAUUUUACAAGUUCUGAGCCCGGUUCUAGAACUGUAAUUUGUGAAUUUAGCCUGUUAUGGCUAAUUUUGCAAGUGAAGAAAACCAAAUGGAAACCGCCACUGACACUGUAUUCUCACCGGAGGCCGUCCGCACGGCGGUACGGGCCUCCAAUGCAGAGGUGAGUGCCCGGAGAAACGGGACGGCUGGAGGUGAUGGAGUGGUCUUCGCAGGCACGGCUAGCGAUGAUCAGAUAAGUGAAACCUUUGUAAUACCUAAGAUAACUAAUACUAAGUCAGGCAAAAGUAAAAUUGCUACUGCUAAGAGUGCUAGAGAAAAGGUUAUGGAGUCUCAUUUGCAGUCUCAAAUGUCAGUUCCUAAACAAAGUAUUUGUAAGCCAAAGGCUAAUACUACUAGUACUAGCAAGGGGAAGACAAGACAAAAAGCAGGACAAGUAUUGUCUGAUUUAAUUCCUAAUCAAGGGAAAGAAAGGUCCUUUGGAAGCGGAACCCAAAAUUAUAAUGCUAGUUCCAGCAGCAGCCAGUCAGAGUCAUCCUCUGCUGUAUCUGAACAAAGAUUCCAGACCUUAGAAAAAGCAAUAGAAAAGCAAAACCUCAUGUUCGAAAAGCUCUGUGAAAAGUUAUCAGUCGAUGAAGCUGGUAAGAAACAAUACACAGCUCAUACUAGGCCAAAACCUAACCCUACCCAUCAAAGGGCACAACAUUAUCACAAUUACAUGGGAAGUUUUGCCCUUGGAGAAAAUGAAGAAGGGGACUUUGAACCGGAUUAUGAAUAUCCUUAUGAAUAUGAGGAGGAUGAGAAUUCUUUCUCCCUCCAAUCUGCUCAGGUACAGGUAGACCGUCCUGAUGAAGAAGAAGAAAAUGAAGUAGAACAAGUUUUGGUUCCACCAGGGAAUACUGAAGACACAGUCAGCCCUGUAGUUGCAAGAGGUUUUGCGGCACGUUUUCAGGCGCAAGCCCCCUCGGGACCUGACGUGAGCGAUGAACUGGCAGACAGCCUAAAAAUCAUGCUAUCAGAGCGUUUGGGAAUGGAGAAUAUGGCCACCCUCAUGGACAAAAUUGUCCCACCAAAAAAUGUCCCUAACCUAGUGGUACCUAAGGUCAACCCCCUGAUCUGGGAAAACAUCCCCUCCAAAACAAAAUAGAGAGAUUUGCGUCUGCAAAAGCUCCAAAAACCUUUGAUCAAAGGCCUGACAGCAGUAGCAAAUUUAAUGACAGAGAAUUCAUCUCCACAGCAUGAAGAAAUUCUGGCCCUGUUAGCCCAUGCAAAUUAUGAAAUAAAUAUGUACAGAAGAGAGAGUAUCAGACCGGAACUAAACCCCAAAUACCAGCCACUCUGUCGGCCAGAGGUGAAAGUCACACAACACCUGUUCGGCGAAGAUCUCGGCAAACUAGUAAAAGACAUGACUGAACAACAGAAAGCGGUGGCGGUGACAAAAAUGGGCACUAUGAAGUUCAAAGAGCUACGUUAUGCUCCGUACCCAGGAAGCCAAGCCAAACCAACCUAUGCUGGUAGGGGCCGGGGAAACCCGAUUCCUUCGUCAGAAGCUCUCCCUUUUUUAGUCAAUGUGCCGACCAGAGGGCGAGGACACUUCCCGAGAGGCAGAGGGAGAGGACUGAUGUUCAUGAGGGGUCAGAAGAAGAUGAGAGGUGUCAAGGCACCAUCCACCCACUCCAGGCCUGCCUACUAGAAAACCACCUUGACAAGACAGACGAUCAGAUUAUCAUGGAAUCCCUCCAGGCAAAAGGAAUUCCGGAAUCGGCUCGACCUAUCAUUCUGGCCUCAUGGCGGACAUCAACCAGGAA